CGAUUCAUCUUUUCGUCCAAAGACGUAAUAACUUCUGGCCAGGUGGUAAGUGCUAAGACCACGAUAACGAAAGAAGAGGCGCCACCGUCUAACCUCGAAUCGGCGAAUUGUUUAUUUUUAAAACCGUAUUCGGGUUUUUCGUCACGAUGGCAAUCACCGACACGCUACGCAUCAAAAACCUUCCAAAGGAGUUGUCGGAGCACCAGAAGGAGGAUUUCGCACGGCACUUCGGCGCCGUCAAAGUGAAGGUGUUGACGUCGAAAGCGAAAGAAAAAGCGGUCGUGUACGCGAAAUUCGAAUCGCCCGAGAUGGCGAGGAGCGUGAUGCACCGUCUCCAUCAGAUUUCGGUGUUGAACUCGCGCCUGUGCGUGGAGUACGCCGAAAACGGCAUCCUCCACGGCAAACCGGCGCUGAAGAAGGUCGAGGAGGCGGACGUUAGCGGCCAAAGGUUUUUCAAGACGUUUUUGAACAAGAUCAACGCUUUCAACGACUCGGCCGGGUUCCACCAGCCGCCGCCGUCGCACCUCAAGUAUAACUACCCGAAAGCGAAUCGCGCCACGAUCAAUAACAUUGCCCACGCUUUGGCGACGGUGCCUCGGUUCUACGUCCAGGUGCUGCAUCUGAUGAACAAGAUGAAUCUGCCGCCUCCGUUCGCUGUCCCGGAACCGCCGAUACGCACGAUCACGCCCUUGCAGCAGCACCAUCCGGUGGUCUCGCAGAAACCCAUCGAAAAGCGGAAAGCGUCGUCGUCGGAAUCUGAGCUGGAGAGCGACGACGAGUCCCGAAAACCCAAAGAAAUUAUACCCGAAAAACGACCCGGACCAGAGAAAAAGCCCGUGAAACGACCCAAGUUUAUCAAAGCGCCGGCGGCGGUGCGGCAAGCGCCGAAACCGCCCCCUGAGAGGGUGGAAAACGUGUUCGAGAAAACGGCGACUGUGGCGCCGCCCAAAAAAAUCGAGCUGAAAGUGACGUCGGAGUCGCUCGCGCCGGCUGUCGAAGAGCGUCGGGUGGCACCCGAACUCGACGAGCAGUCCUCGCCCGAAGACGACAAACCGUGCAUUUCGUUGGAGGAGCUCGCUGCCAAUCAGAUCACGGACCUCGCGGCGCUGCCCAUUUUUAAGAAUUACGCCCCCGGCCCGCCCACCAACAAGCUGUACAUUAAAAACUGCGCGAAGACGGUCGUCCUCCAGGACCUGGAGUACAUCUACAACAGGUACCGGGAGGAGGGAGGCGACGAGAGGCCCAGCGAGUUUAACAUCAGGCUGAUGCAGGAGGGCCGCAUGAAGGGCCAGGCGUUCGUGACCCUGGAUACGGUCGAGAUGGCCCAGAAGGCAGUGAAGGAGACCAACGGGUUCAUCCUGAAGGACAAGCCUUUGGUGGUGGUGUUCGGCAAGUCGGCCACCCUGAAGAAAUAAUAAUCGGCCUGGAGGAGCAAAGAAGGAUUCGUUAUUUGCUUUCAGAUUAUGUGUAAUUACUGUGACCAGUUGCGUUUAUUGAUAAAAUUUGAAAUUAUCCGACGGUUAAAUUUAAUUAACCCAAUAACCGAACCAAAAUUACUCGUGUUACUCCCACGACGUCGUCGGAGGCGCCAGAAACGACGGCAUCGUCCUGACGUCACUCGCACCUGUGAUUCGCGGUCUCGCAUAGCGCCCAUCAAUCAACCUCCGGCUUAUACGGC